UGUAUCUUCAUAAUAAAGUAUAUUGACAUAAUAGAAGCCAAUCACAAUAGUGUUUCAAGAGAUUUCCUUUGAAAGGCAAGAACAUGAGCCAACCGAUGAAAACCGCACGUUGAAGCAGCCAAUGGGAAGUGUCAGUAGUUGUAAGUAGGCGGGCUCUUAUCUCAUCAGGAGGACAGGGCCAAGUAGUAGUUGCAAAGCGGAAAGAAAAUGGCGGCCGUGGCUGCGGAGCCAGGAGCUGCUGCUGCAUCAACAACAACAGCGGGGGACGGGGUGGACUACGAACCCGAGCCAGGAGAGCAUGUGGUCGACCUAGAGGCCCACUCCGUCCCAGAAAUGGAGCUUUGUCACCAACCCGAGGAUGUAGAUGCAGUUCAGGAAUGCAGCCAGGUCCAAAUGGAAAUCAGAAGGCCGGACCUUCAAGCCGCGGGAAAAGCCCUCGCUGCCCAUGCGGUCUGUGAGCGCACCGAGACGGGGGGUUCCUGGGGCCGCUUGGGCACGCAGCCCGUGCAUAUGGACUACAGGUGCACAGAUUACAAGGAAUCCUUCUCGCCGAAUGUGGAGGCUGCAAACGAGGUCAGUGCUCUCGAAUCCAGCCCCUUCCUUCUGCUCCCCAGCUCCAUCCCAGACUCCCAGCCCUCUGUGGUCUUCUUGCAUUCCCUUCCCGCUCAGGUUCCGUCGGAGCCCAAAACUGGACUGUCUCUGGCUGUCGAAUACGACUCCAACCCCGCGUCAAGCCACCCUACCGAUCUGGAGUGUGAACUCAUAGGCUUCACGCAGCCGGACCCGGAGCCCGAACCCGCAACCGAUGCUCCCGGGUCGGAACUCAAAACUCACGAGGAUGCUUUCCAUGACAUCCCGCACCCCUCGGACCACCUAACCUCCCUGUCCGCUGCGGAGGAGACCUCGCUGGGAGAAUCGGUGGGUCAGAGCUGCAUGAGUGACUUUUCUACUGUUUCCAGUAAGGACUCUCCCGAACUUCCAGCGGAGGUGGAUCAGUCGCUCAUCUCAACAGCAGAGGCGCAGGAAAUGCGCUCGCAUCCUCUUCAUCAGCAGAGCUUCAAAACGGACCUUAGCGAGCCCGAAAGGGAGUCGGAGAUGAAAGCCCCGGUUCUGUGUGCGACAGAGCCCGACACGGUCGAGCGCCUGGUGCUCGGCUCCGAGGUUCGAGUCACGCUGGACCACAUCAUCGACGACGCGCUCGUGGUGUCGUUUCGCUUGGGCGAGAAGAUCUUUUCUGGGGUACUCAUGGACCUUUCGAAAAGGUUUGGACCUUAUGGGAUUCCUAUAACCGUGUUCCCCAAAAGAGAGUAUAAGGACAAACCAGAAUCUAUGCAGCUAAAGAAGGAAGCACUCCAGUCAGAGACAGAUAAGGGUGUCACUCAAGGACCUAGUGAUGCCCCCAUUAAGGACCCUGCGGAUGCUCCGGAUGCCCCUCUGAAGGACCCUGCUGAGACUCCUGCAGCGCCCCAACCCCGUCCCGACCCUCAACCUAACCCAUGGACCUCAAAACCACCUCCUUUGUUUCAGGAGGGGGCCCCUUAUCCACCUCCACUGUUCAUCAGGGACACCUACAACCAGUCGUUACCUCAGCCUCUACCACGCAAAAUCAAGCGGCCCAAGCGUAGGCUGUAUAGAGAGGAGCCCACUUCUAUAAUGAAUGCCAUCAAGCUCCGACCAAGACAAGUUCUGUGUGAUAAAUGUAAAGGGGCUGUGGUGCAAGGGGACAAGCGUGAGACACGCAGAGGCCCCAUUUCAGACUGCCGAAGUGACGAUGCCAAAAGACGUCGUAAUGACAGCGCAACGGCAGCCACUGGUAAGCGGCCACGUAGUGAUCCACGUUCUGAAGAGAAGGGUCGUGGUACUGAUGGGCCCAAACGGCAGGGUUCGGCAGUACGAGUGUCGUCGGCCACUGCCUCUUCUCUGGGCCAUAGUCAGGUCAAAGGUGCAGCUGCAGGGAACAAAAUGGUUAAGGGGGUGUCUACUACAACCACAUCCUCGGCCAACUCUCGAGUGCAGCUCAAUGCCAAAAAAGUGCUUCAGAGCAAAAAUGUUGACCACUCCAAAGCACGAGAGGUGCUGAAGAUGGCCAAGGCUCAGAGAAGACAGAGAGAGACAGUCACAGGCAGUAGCGGGAACACCAAGGCCAUAACUAGGGCCGCUGCCCUCCAGGAAGCCCACCAAAAGGUCCACUUCACCAGGCGACUGCAGCAGAUCAGUGGAGGAGGUCCAGGUUCCAACCCCCUGCCACCCAGGAUGCGCAUCAAGCCCCAAAGGUACCGUAACGAAGAGAACGAUUCUUCCUCAUGUAAGCCGCCUUGCUUGGAGAAAGUGCCGGGAGGGGGCCGUUUAACGCUGCCUAAACCAGCCGUGCCCCACUGCACCUCCACACGCUCCUCCUCCUCCUCCUGCUCUGCAAGCAAAGUCACCACAGCUGUAGAGCCCCAGAGGCCAGAAAAAGCAAUCGAGUCCCUGCUCAGCCAGGCCCAACCCGAGCCCCUCCCAGCCCCGGAAUACAGGGAACCCCAAGCUGAGCCAGAGGAACAGGAGGGGCGGGAGGAAAAGCGGGAGACGCGUGGGAGCAAGGCUGGUAACCUAGUGGUCUACAUGACCCUUAACCCCAGCCAUCCCGACUCCUCUAAUACCUCCAUGUGCAGCAUCGAUAGUGCAGAUGACUUAAAGUCAUCAAACUCUGAGUGUAGCUCUACCGAAACGUUUGAAUUCCCCCCUCCUGGUGAUUUGCGAUCGGCCCCUGCCCCUGGCACAUCCUCCGCUUUUGCCUCUGCAUCCCCCUCUGCUCCUAAGGACGACAAAAAGCGCAGUAAAUCCCUCAAAGCUGCCGUCUUUUCCAAAAACGUCACAAAGUGCGUUGCCCUGGAUGGCAGGACAAUUUGUGUAGGGGACAUUGUUUGGGCCAAAAUCCUUGGCUUCCCUUGGUGGCCCGCCCGCAUCCUAGCCAUCACAGUGAGUCGCAAAGAUAAUGGGCUCUUAGUCAGGCAGGAGGCCCGGGUCUCUUGGUUUGGGUCACCCACCACUUCCUUCCUGGCCAUUACUCAACUUGCCCCAUUUCUAGAAAACUUCCAGUCUCGCUUUGACAAGAAGAGAAAGGGCCUCUAUCGUAAAGCCAUCACUGAGGCCGCCAAGGCUGCCAAACAGCUCACACCCGAGGUCAGAGCCUUGCUAACUCAGUUUGAGACGUGAGGUGGUAUUGCCUCGAUAAGGUAGGCAAAACAGGCACUCGAGUUGGCCCUGUACCCAUUCUGACACCUCUCAAACUUCGCUGUACCCAGUCAGCUUCCAGAAUGAAACACAGAAAAACGUCAGCCAGGCAACCAGGACUAAUUUAUUUUCAUUGAGAAAGCAAGAGAAGGUGAUUGAAUU